UUGAGUAGGCAAUUAUCGAUCUGGUGUAGCGAUGAAGUUAGUGCUAGUGAGUCUGUGCUGCCUGGGGGCGCUGGGCGCGCUGGGGGAUCUGGUUGAGACCUACGAGCCCCUGGAGUUGAACUACCACGAGCGUAUUGGCAUUCCGCGCGCUGACGCCCUCAGGCAGGCGGAGCUCGCGGCUGACUUCGACGGCAGCAGGAUCAUUAACGGAUCGCCGGCCGCACUCGGCGCCUACCCAUACAUGGCUGGGCAGAUAAUGACGCUACAGUCCGGGCGAGAGUCGAUCGGUGGCGGUACUCUGAUAAGCAACACGCGAGUGCUGACCGCGGCGCACAACUUAUUCGACGGGCGUCAGAUGGUGCGCCACGUAACCGUCGUGCUGGGCUCUGUGCGCAUCUUCUCCGGCGGCACCAGGAUCACCUCCAACAGAAUGGAACUGCACGCUAACUACAACACCAAUACCUUUCACAAUGAUAUCGCCAUCAUCACUAUAAACUGGGUCAACUAUAGCAACACCAUCCGCAACAUCGGGCUAGCUUCGGGCAGCAACACGUACGCCGGCGCGUGGGCCUGGGCCAUUGGCUUCGGCAAGACUAGGGACGUGUCAGCGGCUAGUCCGGACUUGAUGCACGUGCGCGUUCAGGUGAUCACCAACGACGCGUGCCGCGCCGCGUUCUCCACUGGCAACUUUGUGAUCGCGUCCACGCUCUGCAUCAGCGGCGCAACCGGCAACAUUUGCACCGGCGACUCCGGCGGCCCGCUUGUCGCCAACAACCUGCUCAUUGGGGUGACGUCAUUCGGCGCUGGUCAGUGCGAAGCGCGCCGCCCCUCCGGCUUCGCCCGCGUCAGCUCCUUCAACUCGUGGAUCAGAGCGCGCAUGUGAUGCCGCACAUUGCAAAAAUAAAUAACUGUUUAA